UGCCUUAUGAAAAAAAAUUAAUACUGUAAUACCAAAGAAAACAUUGUACCUUUUGCUUCAGAUUAUUUUUUCUAAGCUGUCUUGACCAUUUAAAAUCAUUUAUGGCUACAGCUGGUCUCUACUUCAUAGUCUUCCUGGCUCUUGUUGGCUGUGUCAAUUGCCGAAAACAUGAAGGUGCUGAAAAGCCUGAGUGGGCCAAGAAAGACAUACGGGACUACAAUGAUGCAGAUUUGGAGCGGUUACUGGACCAAUGGGAGGAAGAUGAAGAGCCGCUGGAGCCAGACGAGCUCCCUGAACAUCUGAGGCCACAGCCCCAGUUUCAGUUUGACCCGACUGCACUGAAUGAUCCUGAGCAGCUGCUGAAAGCCAGUAAGAAAGGCCGGUCCUUGAUGAUGUUUGUGAAAGUGAAGAGCAAAUACAGCAAAAAUGAAGUGGAAGAAAUCACUAAGUUGUGGCAAGGUUCCCUGCACAAUAAUCAUGUUCAGGCCGAGAGGUACAUGGUGGACGACCAGCGCGCAAUCUUCAUGUUUGGGGACGGCAGUCAAGCCUGGGACGCUAAGGACUUCCUAGUGCAGCAGGAGCAGCUUGAGGACUGCACCAUAGAUAAUAAAGUCUACCCAGGCCACCACACUCGC